GUGUUUGUUUGUUGUGUUGUCGGCAGAGGUUACUCGCUUCGGGUUAUUCCCCGCCCGGUCUCCAUCUCAGUUGGGACGCGACAUCCAAAGGUUUCAACGAAAAACUUCACAUCGACCGUGUUUUGUGUUAUCAACGAAGAGAGCUGAAAGUGCAUAAUGGAUGAUUUUGUGGAGCGUCAGUACCAAUCUGUAUUAGCUGAGCAAGCUAUGCAACAAAACAGUAUACUUUUCCUCCCCACGGGCAGUGGAAAGACAUUUAUUUCAAUUAUGGUUUUAAAGAAAAUAUUUCAUUUGUUGGAACCGGACUAUUUUUCCGGUGGUAAGAGAGCAAUGUUUUUGGUAAAUACUGUUGCACUUGUUGACCAACAAGCUAAAGUUUUAGAGAGGCAUUUGUUACUGGAUAAAGUUGGCCGAUAUUCUGGGGACAUGAAUUUAGAUAUGUGGAAUAUGAGUAUAUGGAACGAGGAAUUUUGUAAAUUUCAGGUCAUGGUCAUGACUGCUGAGAUUUUGAAUCAACUCCUAUUAAAGAAAUAUAUAAGUUUGGCUAAUAUUGCAUUAAUUAUUCUUGAUGAAUGUCAUCAUGCUGUAGAGGACCAUCCGAUGAGACAAAUAAUGAAGCUAUUUGAAGACUGUCCUUUAGCAGAUCAGCCAAAGGUUAUUGGAUUAACAGCAACUCUGUUGAACGCCACACCAAAAAGUCUUGCAAGGGUGCCGGAGGAUGUGAAAAAAUUGGAAGUUACCUUGCAUAGCACUGUUGCGACAGUAAACUCAUGGGAACUAGUAAAGCAAUUUUCCACAAGUCCUCAAGAGAUGUUUAAACCAUUUCAGACACAUUCAGACCUCGUUUUGACAAAUUUUAUAGAUGAUAAAGUCAAUGAAGUUCAUGAAAUUUGUAAGAACUUUCAAUUUGUGACCCAAGAUACUGGUCCUCCAAAACAACUGGCGGGAUUUGUCCCAUUCUUUACGAAAAAGGGCAAUGAUAUACCAAAUCUUUGGAGACAAAUUUCAAAACAACUUGGCUGGCUUGGGCCAUACGGAUGUUCUAAAACCCUCCAAGCUAUUUAUGUCACACUAAGACUACAACAACAAAAAAUGGAAGACAAAGACAGCAUCAUUAUGAUCAACUCAAUUAUUUGCUGUCUGAUUUCUCUUAGUCGCUUUUUGGAAUCUCACAUGGAGAACUAUGAUCACCCUGAAAAUGUGAAAGCUUAUCAGUUCUCCUCUCCGAAAGUUAAGGCCCUUGUUGAGGUGCUUGAGAGACAGUACGAAAAGUGCAAGAAUGGGCCAGAACAGAUGCAAGCACUAGUUUUUGUUGAAGAAAAAAUGACAGCAAAAGUAUUGUGCAGUGUACUAAAGAAUAUUGCAGAAAAAAGUGCAAGAUAUUCCUUUAUAAAAGCAGGUUUCAUAGUUGGAGGAACUUACAAUCCUUUCACCGAAACUUGGGAAGGUGCAUUCAAUAAGCACAUCAAUGAUAAAAUUGUAGAUCGCUUUCGGGAGCAUGAGAUAAACAUUUUAGUGUGUACUGAUGUUCUAGAAGAGGGCAUUGAUAUACCAGCUUGCAACUUAGUUGUGAGAUUUGACUUAGCUAAACACUUCCGAUCCUAUGUUCAAAGUAAAGGCAGAGCCAGACAUGACUCAAGCCUGUUCUGCCUCAUGUCGAGCAUUGAAGAGUUGAGUCGAUACAGUGGAAAAAUUAAUAGCUUUAAAGAGAUAUACUCUCGCCUUGAAGAACUACUAGUAGGACACACAGAUACCAGAGCAGCUCCAUCUGAAAGAGAGUUGGAUGAUUUGUAUGAAUCUGAGAUUGAGCCUUAUUAUACACCUUUGGGUUCAAAAGUAACAAUGACUUCUUCAAUUUCUCUUGUGACCAAUUACUGCUCAUCCUUUGCUCAUGAUCGUUUCUGCCGAAUACCACCUUACUGGCAUAAGAAAAAAAUUGGUUCUAAAAUCCAGGUUGCCCUUCAAUUACCUAAAUUUUCUCCAAUGCAAGAUGUUGUGAAGGGUUUACCAAUGGCCAAUCUGAAAGUUGCAAAAAGAGCUGCUGCUCUAGAAAUGUGUAAAACUUUGCAUCAAGUUGGGGAAUUGAAUGAUAAUUUGCUACCCAACACAAAAUAUUUGGAAGAGAGUGACAUGAACGAUUUGCUUCCGCUCUGGGAAUCAGAAGAACAGGGAUCAGAGGCCAAGUCUGGUACCAAUAAAAGAACUCGGCCUUACCAAUUGAAGACACCAGCCUCCUUUGAAGAUUGUAAACCAUGUGAAAAUGGAAAAGUUUAUGUGCAUCACAUAGAAAUUUAUCCUGCUUUUGAUGCACCUACAUCGGAUAACAGAAAACUAGCAAUUUAUUUGACACUGAAAGAACAGAGAAAUUUUGCAAUAAUAUCAUCAAAACCUAUGAAUCAGGUUUGCCAGUUUCCGGUAUUUUCUAAAUUUGGAGCUAUGAAUGUGAGGUUGAAGAGUGCAGUAAAGUGCAUCAAUCUUGAUAAAAGACAAUUAUUCAUCAUUGCCAAUUAUCAUUUUAAUCUGUUUACUUCCAUGAUUCCAUUGGCAAAAAGUUACCUAGGUUUUGCAAAAGAUUCUUUUCUGAUUGCACCAACCAAAAUUGACAAUAGGGGACUUGUGUGUUUGGAUUGGGAUGCAAUGCAGAUCGCAAUGGAAACUAAAGAUACAUUGGGAAAUAUGGAAAAGUGCAUUGUCACACCUGUCCACCGUGGAGUAUCAGUUCUCCAUGAGGUAUACUUUGUGACCCGUGUUUGCCGUGAACUUACAAGUGUUAGUAAAUUUCCUAGCCCCUUAUAUUCAACAUACGAAGAGUACUUUAAAAAGAAGCAUAAUUUCAAAGUAUGUCAACCCACCCUACCCCUACUUGAGGUUCAACCAUUGAAACUAAUUUCUAAUGACCUCAUUCCCAGGUAUGGGAAAGCUGAAAGUGAUUCAAGUGAUGCAAUUCAUUUCCCCAUAGAGACCUGUGAGAUAAAGAUUUCUGAUGGAUCAUUGUUUCUAAAAGCUGUUUUACUGCCAUCAAUUCUCCACCGGCUAGAACGCUUGUUGGUAGCUGAUGAGCUGCGGGAAAUUAUACCUGUUGCCCUUACAAUUGGGGAGGAUUCUAACUGUGGUAACAGCUGCAUGUUGUGGAAAACAGCACACAUUUUAAAUUUGCCAAAUGAAGAUGUUAAAAGGGUUACAAAUGACAUUUCACAUGUACUAAGAGUGACUACUUCUCCUGUAAAGAAAAGAAAAAUUUCUGUAAAGCCUUGGGGUGAUGACGAGCCUGUGGAUAUUGAACACAAUUUUGAUACAGUCACUUUUAAAGACAUUGAAAAAUAUGGUGAAUUUUCUAAAAGAAAAACUUCUUCAACCAAUUCUCCGUUUAUAACAAGAAAUCAACGGCCACUGAUGACCCUGCCUACACUGCAUUCUGGAGAGGGUGUAAUAACAUUACUUUGUGAAAGGAAAAAUAGUCCUCAUGCUUGCACCAUAUUAGAAGCAAUAACAGCAGCUUCAGCGGAUGACUUCUGGAAUCUGGAAAGGCUAGAAACUUUGGGAGAUUCAUUUUUAAAGUUUGCUGUUUCAUUUAUGUUGUUUUGCCGAUUCCCUAAUUUGUCAGAGGGAAAAUUGACUACAGUAAAAGGCCAAAUCCUUGGGAAUCGCAAUUUGUUUUACUGUGCUAGAGCAAAGGACCUUGCACAAUAUCUGAAGGUUGACAAAAUGGUUCCUUCUGAAGGAUGGAUUCCACCCUCAUUUGCUGUUCCUGAAAUAAUUCUUCAAGAGAACCUUACUGCUCAUGCAAAACAUCUUCUGCUGUCAAGAGAUGAGCAGUAUAACAAUGUUGUGAAAGAUUCUACUUUGAGUGAACUCAAAAGAAAAGUUUCGUCAAGUGUAAUUGCAGUUUCCACUUCAGACCAGACUCCAAAUAAGAAAAUGUCAAAAAUUUCUGAUAAAACUGUAGCAGACUCUGUUGAGUCAUUAUUAGGAGCAUUCUUGGAGACAACUGGACCCAUAGCUGCUAUGUCGUUUUUGGAGUGGAUGAGAGUGCUGCCUCAUGGUACUGGAGCCCUACUAAAAAUACAGACUCAUGAUAUUUCCUCACAUCCUCAAAUGCAUUUUAGCAUUAAUGAUGUAGCCCAAAAGAUGCAUCAACGCUUGGGCUAUAAAUUCAAAGACAUCAAUCUUCUUAAUGAAGCAAUAACACAUGCUUCCAGCACCUCACCAUUUCGAACAUAUGAGCGGUUGGAAUUUGUAGGUGACGCAGUUUUAGAUUUUCUUAUCACUGCAUUCAUUUAUGAAAACUGUGGAAGACUUACUCCUGGUGAACUAACUGAUUUGCGGUCAGCUCUAGUUAACAAUAUAACAUUUGCUUGUUUAUCCGUCCGUUAUGGAUUUUACAAAUUUCUUAAUGCUGGUUCUAUAGCACUCAUGAGUGCCAUUGAUAGAUUUGUCAGUUUUCAAGAAGAUCGAGAACAUGUCAUUGAUGAGGAGGUGCUUAUUUUACUAGAGGAGCAUGAGACCAGAUUGGCAGAAACUGUUAAUGUCCCUAAAGCCUUAGGUGAUGUGUUUGAGGCUCUAAUUGGAGCAGUAUUUCUUGAUUGUGGCCGUAACCUUUCUGUAGUUUGGAAGGUCAUUUAUAGACUUAUGAAAAAUGAAAUCAGUGCCUUUAGCAAGGAAGUUCCCAAGCAGGUGGUCAGACAGCUGUAUGAACGUGUUGGAGAGCAAUAUAUGAUUUUUAGAGUCUCAGAAUCAACAAAGGAGAUGCAAAUGGAGCAGGUGCAUGUAGUUUUAACUGUAAGGUCGACUGAAGGAGAUCUGCAUUUUGAUGGAUUUGGGGUCAAUAAGACGCAGGCCAAGAAGUCAGCAGCAAAACUGGCUUUAAGGCGAUUAAAAUUUGGUAUUUAGUAGAUUAAGGAUCUAGCUCGCUGCUUAAUUUUGAGUGAGCUGAAAUAUUAGGAUAGUAAUUAACACAUUGUUCUGUACUUGUUCAUCUUUGCUUCUACAUACGGUUAAAGCUGUUUAAAUUUUAACAAUGUUAUGUGUGUUUUAAGGUAUAUUAAUGGAUUUCAAUUUAUAACUUUUUUGUUUAUUAAAUAUUUUUUGAAACAA